AGAAGAAAAAAAGUAGUGCAAGAUCCGUUUUUCGCGCAAUAUAUUUUUGUUAGGAUAAACUUUAAACUUAUGGUGCCUUGGUCAAAAAACUAAACUUAGGCCGAGCCUAUAUAUUGACAGAGGGGCGAGUUGGUUUCUGGACACAAACAAACAAACACUCAACAUUUUCUUUCCAAAAAAUAUGAGGUUGGCAAUCCCAAUCCCAAUAGUAACAUUAAUAAUAUUUAUACUAGGAUGCUGUUCUGCGGAGCAAUGCGGUAGACAAGCUGGGGGUGCCCUGUGCCCAGGGGGAUUAUGCUGCAGCAAGUUUGGUUGGUGUGGAUCAACCAUCGACUACUGUGGAGAUGGGUGCCAGAGUCAAUGUAGUGGAAGCAGUGGUGGCAGUAGCCUUAGUAGCCUCAUCUCCAGGGACACUUUCAACCAGAUGCUCAAGCAUCGCGACGACAGUGCGUGUCAGGGGAAAGGUUUUUACACAUAUGACGCUUUCAUUUCAGCUGCCAAGGCUUUCCCCAACUUCGCCAAUAGAGGAGAUACUGACACUAAAAAAAGGGAGAUUGCUGCUUUCUUGGGUCAAACUUCUCACGAAACCACUGGUGGAUGGGCAACUGCACCAGACGGUCCAUAUGCUUGGGGAUACUGCUUUCUCAGAGAACAGAAUCCCAGCGACUACUGUCAACCAAGUUCUGAAUUCCCAUGUGCUUCUGGCAAGCAAUACUACGGCAGAGGUCCCAUUCAGAUAUCUUGGAAUUACAACUACGGACAGUGUGGAAGAGCAAUUGGUGUUGACUUGCUCAACAAUCCAGACCUCGUCGCCACUGACCCUGUUAUAUCCUUCAAGACUGCUUUGUGGUUUUGGAUGACGCCUCAGUCACCGAAGCCAUCAUGCCAUGACGUUAUCACCGGUGGAUGGAGUCCUUCUAGUGCAGAUAGUGCGGCGGGGAGGCUACCGGGGUACGGUACGGUGACCAACAUCAUAAACGGUGGACUUGAAUGCGGGAGAGGGCAGGAUAGCAGAGUGCAGGAUCGAAUAGGAUUUUACAAGAGAUACUGUGACAUAUUUGGAGUUGGAUACGGAGAUAAUCUUGAUUGUUUUUCUCAGAGGCCAUUCGGAUCAUCACUCCUGCUCAACACCAUCGCCACCGCCUAGUUACGUUUGUCUUUUUCUUAAUUAAUUAGUAGUAUUAAUUAAAAUAAAUAUCGUGAAUCACGGUUCACCCUAAUGUCAACUGCAUGUUUCCAUAUGUUACACAUGCAUGUAUAAUAUAAUGUAUCAAUGGAACUCAACCUACCUGCACCUACUUUAAAAAUCAAAUUAAUUCCAUCCUUAUCCUUUCACUCAUUGACUA